GCAAUUCGCUUCCCUUCUGCUCUCAACCAUCCACCAAAGGUGAUUAACAAGUGCAAAAGCAGUCAGAGAACACUGAUAGAUUGAUUCUACCAACAACAGCGUUUGACUUCAGGAUCAUAUUUCACUGAUCUUAUUCCCGGGCCGCCCAAAAUGAAAGCUAGAGAGUAUUGCUGUUGUGCAAUCCCCUUGGUCAAGGCUGGCAUAUAUACCACGCUGAUCGAACAAUUCUCUCUUGGGAUUAUCAUAGGCACCCUUUCUGUUGGAACACCUUCCAUUGUUGGAGCAGCAACUCCGUCAUUCGCCCCGUGGCUUCUUGCAAUAGCAUGCUACGUGGGCGCUGCAAUCCAAGUUCUUGGAUUCAUAGGUGUAUAUAAGGAGAAACCCAUCCUUUUUCGCCGCUAUGCCACUCUACACUCCCUCAUCACCAUCGUCGCUUUCGCAAUUGCCGCGGCGUGGGUCAUAAUCUCAGGCAGUCGUCACUCGACUGCUUUGUCCAACUGCGAGAAGAAUUUCUAUCCUACAGCAUCCAAUGGUAGCAAUACUUCUGAGGGUCAGACUGUCUGCGACAUCAUCACGUGGAUUGAUGUCGGGCUGAUGGCCGGUGCUUGGGUCUUCUUUGCCCUUGUGCAGGCAUAUAUGCUCUUUAUUGUUUCAUCUUACGGGAGCGCACAAAGGCGAGAUUACGAGAAGUACGACGCUCUCAAUGAUACCACGAAGCCGCUGACGGAUAAUAUUCCGAUGUCUGAUCGUGGUGAUCCUUGGGACUACAGAGCGUCUGCCGAGUACGAGGAUGGCCGCGGUCAUAUGCGAAACGCAAGUACGGCAUCAACCAUGAACGCUCCAUUACAGAAAGAAACUUACGCCGAUGGUCAAUCUUAUCUUACGCCCACCUAUCCCCCUCAACCUCAGACGCAAUUUGAGCGGCAGCAGUCGACGCGAACUGCCGUUUCACACCCUUCGAGCGCAUCUCAGAGCCCUCAGCCUAAUCCAUAUGCUGACAACCAUUACGGCUCAGGUGGUUCUCUCGGGCAACCUGCAACCACUCAGGCCCACCCCGGUGUGUAUUGAUUCCUCGGUCGCUCAUCACAAUCGCCAUUGUGCCGACUUGAAUGAGCGGCUUAAGGUUCCUUCUGUCGCCCUACGCCACGAACGGUCAAUACCACCACGUUUCUGUAGCGGAAGGAAACUCUCUGAUUCCAUCAUUGAUUCGUGGACUUCUUAUGGAGUGUGUAACAUUCCUCCCCCAUGAACGUUUAUUUGAAACUUGUAGUAUACCGAUCGCGAUACAUACAUUCGUCUACACGGACAUCUAUCUUUACGGCUAUCUCUUUGGCCUGAUGUAGAAUCUCUUGCCCUGCCACUCCUGAAGUUACUAUGUUUCCUCCUCAUCU